AUCUAUGUUCUCCUGUUUCUCUACACACCUUUGGCACAAACUCAGCUUUUUGAUUUUUAAGAACCUUAAAAUAAAAGACUUGCAAUGGAGACAUAAAAGUCUCAAGGUUCUUAACUAAAUCUCUUAAACAACUUUAUUCCUUAAAUACUAUUAAAAAAUAAUUAAGAGACCCUUAAUGGGUCUCUAGGAUAAUGGUGCUCUUAGUUUAUUACUAACUCAUAAUGGUCAUGUUAGAGCAUGGUAUUCUAUUUUCCACUUUAAAAUAAAAUCUAGAGUAAAAAUACUCUAUUGAUAUUUAAUUUUCACUUUAUAUAGUAAAGUAAAAAAACGAGUUACUUUAUGAGUAGAGUAGUGAACAAAAAUAAAGUGAACUUUUGGAGUUUUUUUUUUUGAAAGAAUAUUUGGAGAUAGUCUUAUUAAUUAGUAAUGAGAUGUGAGUUGUUCUGUUUUUUCUCUAGUGGCUGCUGUGUUUAGCUUGGCGGAGAAGCUCCAGCCUGCGAUUGUUUUUAUCGAUGAGGUGGAUAGCUUUCUUGGCCAGCGAAGGUCUACGGGUAAUGAGGCGAUGGCGAUUAUGAAGACGGAGUUUAUGGCUUUAUGGGAUGGGGUUGCUACAGACAAGAAUGCGAGGGUGAUGGUUCUUGGUGCGACAAACAGACCUUCGGAGCUAGAUGAAGCGAUAUUGAGGCGUUUUGCUCAGGCCUUUGAGAUAGGGAUGCCUGAUUGCAAGGAGAGAGCUGAGAUAUUUAGAGUUGUUUUGAAAGGAGAGAGGGUGGAGGAGGGUAUUGACUAUGAUCUUGUAGCUCGGUUGUGUGAAGACUAUACCGGAUCAGAUAUCUUUGAGCUCUGCAAGAAAGCAGCUUACUUGCCAAUCAGAGAGAUACUGGAGGAGGAGAGAAAGGGCAGACCAGUUUCGGUGCCUAGGGCGUUGACACAAAUGGACUUGGAGAAGGUUCUUGCAACCUCAAAGAAAACACAGGUUGCUGCAAGCGAGUACUCUGGUUCAAGGUUGCAAGAUUCAGGCUGGAGAAGGCCAAAGGAUAGCGACAAUGUACAAGCAGUUAUUAAUGGCAUCUCAAGGCUUUUAGUCUCUGGGAUGAUAAAUCAGCAGUGACUAACAAAGCUCAGAAAGCUUAUUUUCAAGUGUCUUGGCGAUUGCAUUCAGCUUCUCCAAUAGAGUAUCCCUUUCAUGUCAGCAGACUCCUCUUCAUCAUCAUUGUCGUCCUUAAACCAUCUGCUACAACAUUGCCACCUUGAACAUUGUAGCGUUAGAUGACUCCAUUUACUGGCUUGUUUGGUUCAAAAGCCUCUUUCCUCUCAAUGAAAAAUGUCAGAAACAUCAUUUGUGAUUUCUUGAUCUGUUUUUAGUAAAUUUAUUAUUUCAAGCAAAGCAUAAGUGGUUAUUAUUCAUUUAUCAUUUCUUGUCCCUCAGUUUUGAACAUGGAGAAUGGAGACUAUAAAUGGUGUUAAUCCAUUUUAAUACAAAAAAAUCAAGUUAUAGACUAUUUAAUGUGUUGUGUUCCAAAAAAAAAAAAAGACUAUUUAAUGUGUUGAAAUAUUAUUUAUCAGAUUUAUUAUAUUUGUAGAGUUUUAGUUUUAAAAAUAAUAAAAUAAAUCUGAAAACAGAAGCUAAAAC